ACACAGCAAGAGGGUUACAAUUAUACACCAAAGUUAUACCAAAUUGAAGGAGAACGGUUGAACGGACUGAAAAAUAAGAACAACCUUACAUUAUGAAACAGAAGGGAGGGGAAAUGUAGCUAUAACAUUUGAAUCUACACCCCGGGGAGUGAUGCAGGCUGUGGAGAUUUCCGGUGUACAUUAUUAGUGGAUGGCGUUCCGCUCUCAUCUCGCCACCGUCCUCCGCCAGCCGAAAUAUUUAUCGGAAGGUCGACUCCUGUCCUGGCACCAGAGGAAGAUGACUGAGAGACAUACCGAAAUGGUUUCUGCCCUUUUACUAGUGGACGACCAGAGGUGUAUCACCUAUUGAUAAGAGCCGGUAGAAAACACACCUGUUGGACAUCACCAGCCCGACCAAAACCUGCCCCCAUAGCCGGGCCUUAUUGGAUACUCCUGGGCCUCCCCUUCACACAGUCAAAACUGAAUCAAUACGUGCGAAGCAGCAGGAUGACUGAGGCGUGGCAGCAGCACGCAGUGGCCCCCCCACCCACCGUGGUGCACAACCUCCCCCCGGGCUCCGACAGCGCCCUGGGCUGUGCCGUGUACGGGAUCGUCCUCCAGCCGGAUGUGGCAUCCCUCCAGCAGCAGCCCCAGCACGGCCAGCAGCAUGCCGUACCCGCCCAGCAGCCUUCCCUACAGGUAGGAGGCGAGGGAGGGCACAAGUGCGGAGCCUGCGGCCAUGACAUAUCCCACCUAGCUAAUCCACAUGAGCACCAAUGUAUGGGGACCGGGGAUCGGUCGUUCCAGUGUACCCAAUGUAUGAAGAUCUUCUGCCAGGCCACUGAUCUGUUGGAGCAUCAGUGUGUACAGGUGGAGCAGAAGCCGUUUGUGUGUGGCGUGUGUAAGAUGGGUUUCUCUUUGCUCACCUCGCUGGCACAGCACCACAACGCCCACAACAACGGCAACAACCCCAUGAAGUGUUCCAUCUGUGAGAAGACCUACCGCCCAGGUUCUGGCAACAACACCCCCACCUCCUCCGCAGCCAACCCGUCCACCGGCGAGGCCUCCAGUGGCGGGGCAGCGUGCGGAGCGUCAGCCCCUACGGCGUUUGAGGCUUCGGGACCAGACAGGCCCUACAAGUGCUCGGUGUGCCACAAGGGCUUUCGGCAUCUGUCUGAGCUGUCGCGACACGAGCGGGUGCACACGGGAGAAAAGCCUUACAAGUGUGACACCUGUGACAAGAGCUUCAGCCAGUCCUCUCACCUGGCCCACCACCAGCGCACCCACAGCUCAGAGCGGCCCUACAAGUGUGCCGUCUGUGAAAAGUGCUUCAAGCACCGCUCACACCUCGUGCGCCACAUGUACGCCCAUUCCGGCGAGCACCUGUUCAAGUGCAAUUUGUGCGAGAUGCACUUCAAGGAGUCGUCGGAGCUGCUGCACCACCAGUGCCAGCCCACAGUGACGUUGGACAGGCCGUUCCGCUGCGGCUCGUGCGGGAAGGGCUUCAAGCGGCCUUCGGAUCUGCGGCAGCACGAACGCACGCACUCCGAGGAACGCCCGUUCCAGUGCGAGGAGUGCCAGAUGAGCUUCAAGCAGCAGUACGCCCUCGUUCGUCACCGCCGCACUCACAAGAACCCGGCUGACCGGCCUUUUAAGUGUAACCUAUGUGACAAGGGUUUCCUGCAGCCCUCCCACCUGCUGUACCACCAGCACGUCCAUGGCAUGGAGAGCCUGUUCAAGUGUGCUUCCUGCCAGAAAGGCUUCAGCCAAUCCGGUGAACUGCUCCGGCACAAAUGCACCGGCUCAGGGUCGGCGUCUGGCUCCGUGACCGCGGCCACGCCGGCGGUGGAGAAGCCCUACAAGUGUGACGUGUGUGGCAAAGGCUACAAGAAGAAGUCGACGCUCCAGCGCCACCAGAACUCCAGCUGUCAGGAGAAGCCGCUGAAGUGCUCCCUGUGCAACCGACGCUUCCUGUCGCCGUCUGAGUUCGUGACGCACCGCUGCGACCCGUCACGGGAGAAGCCCCUGAAGUGCCCCGACUGCGAGAAGCGCUUCAAGUAUUCCUCGGAGCUGCAACGGCAUCGCCGCGUUCACACCGGGGAGAAGCCUUACAAGUGCUCCAGCUGCGACAAGAGCUUCAAACAGAGGGAGCACCUGGUGAAGCACCAGGCGGUGCACUCGCGGGAAGCCCAGUUUAAGUGCGUGUGGUGCGGGGAGCGUUUUGUGAACCUGGGAGCCCUCCAGGAGCACACGGUCCAGCACACUGCAGAAGGAGGCGGUUAUCCCACAGCCCCGUGUAUACAGUGAGCAGGUCUGCUGCUGUUGAGCGCCUGUACAGUGUGAACACACGCGGUGACAUGGAACGUUGCCCGCCAGGCACACAGCAACACUCUUCCUGACACCUUAUUUGUAUAUAACCACACAAUCAUUAUUUACAUUUAGUUACACACACCCGCCCCCCCCUCCCCCACUCCUUUUGCAUAAACAAUGGUAAAACUCUGCUUAAUCCUAACCAUGAAGUUAUUAUUGACACCUUCUUCCUCACACCAAGGUAAUCGUGCCCAUGUUCUGCCCUUCAUUAGUGACUUCCAACUACCCAUGACCCAGAUCAACUGAAAACAGUACAUCAACAACCCAUGAUCCAGAUCAACUGAAAACAGUACAUCAACUACCCAUGAUCCCGAUCAACUACCCAUGACCCAGAUCAACUGAAAACAGUACAUCAACAACCCAUGAUCCAGAUCAACUGAAAACAGUACAUCAACUACCCAUGAUCCCGAUCAACUACCCAUGACCCAGAUCAACUGAAAACAGUACAUCAACUACCCAUGAUCCAGAUCAACUGAAAACAGUACAUCAACAACCCAUGAUCCAGAUCAAUUGAAAACAGUACAUCAACUACCCAUGACCCUGAUCAACUGAAAACAGUACAUCAACAACCCAUGACCCAGAUCAACUGAAAACAGUACAUCAACUACCCAUGAUCCAGAUCAACUGAAAACAGUACAUCAACUACCCAUGAUCCAGAUCAACUGAAAACAGUACAUCAACUACCCAUGACCCUGAUCAACUGAAAACAGUACAUCAACUACCCAUGACCCUGAUCAACUGAAAACAGUACAUCAACUACCCAUGACCCAGAUCAACUGAAAACAGUACAUCAACUACCCAUGACCCUGAUCAACUGAAAACAGUACAUCAACUACCCAUGACCCAGAUCAACUG